GGAUUCCGAGUGUAAGGGAACAGCUAACUGCUUGCUGGAACUAAAUAGCACCUGGCACCUGUAGUAGACUAGACAUUACUAACAAAUUGGGGAAUGCUAAGCUAGGGGCAGGUCUCUUAGAUCGUUGAUGUAUAACAUAAUUGCAGACCCACCACUUGUUCCUGGGUAUAAGUGGCUUCUUUGAUCUCUAUCUUUCUCUCUCUCACACUCAUAAUGGUGAAGAUACAAACCAUGAAAGGAGACCACAUUAGGCGUUUACAUAAGUCUAAUUGCUUAAUCCCGGGAAUCCAGAAAGCUCGCAGGAUAACCCAGGGGCUACGCCACUACUGUGCCUCAAGCAUCAACCUUGGGGAGGUCCCUGGACCUAUACUUAACCCAAAUAGGCUUCAAUGCAUUGUGUCUGCCAGAGACACCUUGGCAAUAGAGACCAAUGAACAAAAAAUUACUUACCUGCUGGAGGAGUGGAAAGAGAAGCAAAAGGAGACAUCUGAAGAUGUCUCUGAAAGAUUCUUAUGUAUGAGAUUUAUCUCACUAGAGCUACCGCAGCAGCAAAAUUCAUAUGAUUGUGGCCUUUUCUUGCUCCACUAUGUGGAACUCUUUUUAGCCGAAGCUCCUGCUUGCUUUAGUCCAUUUAUGAUAACAAAGUUCUCCAAGUUUCUUAAUGUGGAUUGGUUUCAAUCUGAUGAGGUUUCACUCAAGCGAGGAGCAAUACAGAGAUUGAUCUAUGACCUCCUUGGAAAUUCAUCUAGAGAAAUUUCUCCGGCUAGUGCCAGUGAAAAGCACUGUACCUCUGACUGUCCCCAAAAUCACAAGGAUAAUGAAAUUGCUUUGGAGUUUCUUCAAGAGAGAUGCAGUCCUUCGAAGGGUGGUCAUGGGAAUUUAGCAAAUUCUCAAGCUAAUCUGGGGAUUGAGAUGACUCUAUUACCAACAUCCCUUAUGAGGACUCCUGGAUAUGCUAGUGAUUUAGGCUUGGUUUCAAGGGAGCUUUUUGAGCCAGAAGUUUCUGCCGGAUCAUUCAUUGAGGCACAAUACCAAGCUUUUGACCAGACAGCCCCUUUUGGUGGGUUUAAGAGUGCUAUGCCACCAAUAGAGGAAGAGGAAGAAGUCGGUGGGCAUCUUGUCUAUGCUCCAUCAACAGAAAUUGGUUUCGGGCGAGUAGGUGAAAUCACAUCUGAAGCUUGUGCCUUUCAUUAUUCAUCCACAGAUUAUACACCAGGGGGUUCUUGGAACCCAGGAAUCUCUCUUCACGAAGCUGAGCAUCAUGAUAACAAGGACUCAUCACCCACGACAUCAAUUUGUGCAUCCGGUGAUUCAUUUGAAGUAGACGAUAAUGAAAAAGACCAAGUUGGCGAAGAUCUCAACAUCAACGAAAAAAUAGAGCAGCCAAGAUCUGCAUCAACAGAGAACAUACAAUGCGUGACAGAAUGUUUUGCUUCUCCUCCAAGAGAGAUGCCGGAUAUUGCAGAUUCUCGGAGCCCAGAUCAAAUGCUUGAAGGCAAUGGUGAUGCAGAUGUACCUGGUUUCUGUUGUCAAGACCCUGAUAUCCCCCAAAAUGGCGGCACCGCUUGUAGUGAUGGGCAGUUGAUCUGCGACGAUUCAGUUUCGGAAUCAGAUGAGCAGCAUGCUGCAAAAAGGAUGCGAAUUACGCCUUCCGUUGAAGGCGAAGGACUCACAAUAAGCCUUUAUGAGGAUCUGCAUUUGUAA